ACAACUCAUCAGUCGCUCACCACACUUUCCGAUGGAUAGCUAGACCGCUAAAAGUAACGCUUGACGACAGCGAAAAAAACACGGAACACCGCAAAACAAUGUAAAAGAACUUCACUUUUGUGAUUUUUAUUUUAAACGCGCGUCCAAAAGAGGUGCAGUUUUUCCCUUUUCGCGCUAGCCUAACGACCUUCCGAUUUGCGCGGUGUGAGGGUGGCUUUCUUUUUGCCAAUGUAUGCAAAACUCAUCAAGCGUAAAGGUGGUUUGCUAUGCUAAUGUGGCUCAGAUUUAACGCAUAUGACUUGCCUUCAAAGGGAACGUCGCAAAAACAGGUGAAACGGUCACCAGCAGACCGUCGUGAUAUUUGCGGCGUGAGCAAAUUUUUCUAUUAAUUCUAUGCAUAGCUGGCUGUGCUUGUGCUUUUCUUUUUGCUUACGAGUGUGUGUGUGUGUGUGCAGGUGUGUGACUUGUCAUGCAAUCAUGUUGACACUAAUGACCGCGUCGGGUGUACCUGUUGGUGAAAUGUGCUGCUGUUAUCUACCAGUUGAUAUCUAAUGUGCAAUUUUAGACGAAUAAAAAAGCUGAAAGUGAUUUCUAUUAAGCAAAUAUACAUAUAUAUGACAUUUCACUAUUCGUUCGUACAUACGUAAAUAUAUGUACGUAAGGGUGAGUGAGUGUGUGUCAGUUCUUUGUGCGUUUAGCAAGCCACAUAUUGUAUUGUGUCGCCUAUUUGCGAGUGGCAUGCAACGCAGGUCAUUAACGCGUAUCUAAAAGUAUAUGAAAAAAACCAAAAAAAAAAAAAAAUUAUGGUAAACUGUCAGAAUUGUGUAUGCGCGUGACAAGAAGUAGCAAAUAAUAAUGGAUAAUGAGAACGCCAAAAUGAAAUAAAUUUAACAAAUUCACCAUAAAUGCAAACGUACACUAAUGCUCAUACAAAAAGUCAAUAUAUAUGAACCUAUCUACAUAAAAUCGAGAAUCAACAACAAAACUCUAAAUUUCCUAUACAAAAAAGUGUUUUCCAAUGUCUGCUUACGGCUACAAUGCAACUAGCAACAGUUUUACUAUAUAAAUACAUACAUAUGUGUAAACAAACUAUUAAAUGUAUAUGUAAAUUAUUACAUUUAAGUGUAUCAACGACGACAACAACAACAAAAUAAUAAUAAUAAUAAACCCACUAUUACCACGCCGUAUACUAUAGAUAUAUAUAUACAUAAAUAUAUAAUAUAUUGUAGAAGUGAAUUAGCGUUUAUUAUGCAUACAUAUGUACAUGCAUGCAAAUGUGUGGAAGCCUUCAUACAAUCGCUUUGUCAGUUAUUUAGUCAGCUAGACGCUGUGUCAAAAUAUAGGCGAAAAAUAUGACAACCGAAAUGUCAAUUAAUGUCAAGCAGCGGCAUCUGCUGACAAUCGAAAAGCUACGCAAUCGCGUACAUCAAAUGCUGAAAUGUGUAAUAAAUUUGCAUAUUGAAUUUUUGGUUCUUGAAUCGAAUGUUAAUCAAUUAAUCGAUGAUGUGAGAGACUUUAACGAAGAGUUAAUGGAAGUUCAACGUUUGGAUGCGCUCAUUAGCGCGUUGCGAAAUUACAGUGGCCCCACAAUAUGUCAUGAAUGGCCAUAUCCACUAAUUUUCAAGGGCACUAUCGAUGAUGCAGAUGUAGCACAAAUACUCAAUGGCAGGCAGAAGGUGGGCAAGAGUAAAAUUAAUGGUAAUUUAAAUGAGACUAAAGACAAUUGUGAACUAAAGAGCAGAUCAACAGUGAAUAAUACAACGACGCACGAGCUGUGUAGCGAAGCGAUUGAAUUUAGAAAUUAAUUUAGUUAGUAAGGGUAUUCACAAUAAGUUCUUUGAUUUAAAUUUUUUUUGUAAUUAUUUUCUUAAUUGGUCUAGCCAUAAAAUAAUUUAUUUGAUAUAAGCGAAAUAAUUAAAUACAAUUAAAAAAAUUUAAUAAACAUAUUUUAGUAAUUACCACAAAGCAAAACACUUAAAUAUGCUUGCUGUGAAUAGCCCUAAAGUAGUUGUGAGUACGUCAGUUGUAAUUAUAACACUUAAGCCAUUCUCAUAUUUUAUAUGUCUACAUUAUUAGAGAUACAUAUAUGCUAUGUACAUGCAUAUAUAUUGUGUAUGCAAUAUUGUAUAUCAGCAACAGGUAUACAUACAUAUGUAUGUAUGUAAUAAACGUAAUGACAUUUGGUACAGCCUUCUUAUGAGUGUCAUAUCAUAUGUUUAAUUAAAUAAAAGAAUUCUUUAUAUAUGUAUAUAUGCAUGAUUAUAAAAGUAUAUACAUACAUAUUAAAUAUCUUAUGCUUGAGCCAAUAGUUGCAUAUCUACAGACAGUUUACUGCUAAGAAUGUCAAUGGAGUUGUGAUAUACUCGCAGGUAUGUAUGUAUUUGUGCCAUUGUAUUGCAUUACAAUGUAAUGAGAUUAAUUUACUAUUGAAUAAAGACUAUACCAAAAGACAAAUAAUUAUUUUUCUCGAUACACUGGGAAAAUAUGCUUGGUUUUCGUGUUGUUGUUGCCUUAGGGGCCUAGGAUUUUCUUCUUCAUCAAUGGCGUAGACACGGCUUACGCGAUUAUAGUCAAUUCAACAAUGGCGCGCUAUUUGUUCCUACUCUCCGGUAUUUGGCGCCAG